AUGAGUGCCUACCAGCCUAAAGAGAAAAAUUCCCUGUUUCAAAAGCAACUUAUUGAAGAAGCCGUAAUUCGAGGGGGGAAGACAUUAGUAACUGGGGAGUUCAUGAAAGACCUCAUGAAGGAGGUAGAAGAGGAGCUGAGCAUUGAAGAAAACAAGGGAGGUAGAGAGUGCAUCAUGAAAAAUGCCAGGCUGGAUGAAUUGAAAGCUAGAAUUAAGGUUGAGUGGGAAAAUAACAGUCUCAGUUAUGCAGACACCACCACUCGGAUGGCAGAAAGUGAAGUGGAAUUAAGAAGCCUCUUCAUGAGGCUGAAAGAGGAAGGUGUAAAAGCUGCACAUCACCUAAGGAUUACAGUCAGAUUGCAGGGAGCAAUUCCCCUGCUGUCAUUCUCCCCUUCAAAUCAAACAUCCUUCUGUGAUGCUGUGUUAGCAUUUAAGGCUCUCCCCUUGGCCAAGGACAUUCAUGACAACUUUGGCACUGUGGAAGGACUCAUGACUACAGUCCAUGCCAUUACUGCCACAGAGAAGAUAGUAGAUGGUCCCUCUGGCAAGCUGCUGUGCAAUGGGUAUGGUGCUGCCCAGAAUAUCAUCCCUGUUUCCACUGGUUCUGUCAAGGUUGUAGGCAAGGUCAUACCUGAACUGAAUGGAAAACUAACAAGCAUGAACUUCCAUGUUCUUACACUCGAUGUGUCUGUUCUGUAUCUGACUUGCUACUUAGAGAAACCUGCCAAGUAUGAUGAUAUCAAGGAAGUGGUGAAGCAAGCAUCAGAGGGACCCUUGAAGGGCAUCUUGGGCUACACAGAGGACCAGAUUGUAUCCUGUGACUUUAACAGCAACCUCUACUCUUCUAUCUUUAAUGCUGUUGUUGGCAUCUCCCUCAAUGAACAUUUUGUCAAGCUCAUUUCCUGGUAUGACAGUGAGUAUGGUUAUAGCUUCCAUGUAGUAGACCUCAUGGUCUACAUGGCCUCCAGAGUAAAAUGGAAAACCAUCGAUCUUCAUCCCCAGCCAAAGGAGGAGUUCCACUACUGGGCAGCCUACAUCCCUAAUCUAUGUUCCUAUACUGGGGAUCCCAUGCUCCAUUCACAUUGUUGUCCCAAAGCAUCACUAUAG